ACCUCCCAUGAGACACCCAGCAUCACUCAUUUUACUUGGGGGUCCACAUGGUUCAGGGGAUGUUGUGAAACUCCUGACAGGAUUGCUUAUCACUAGCUACAGAUUGAUGCACAGCUCUAUCUUUCAUGAGGCAGUGGAAAAGACAUCACAUUAAGUUAUCAGCAGAAUAAGAACAGCUUCCUAUUACCAUGGAUAAACAGUCCACAGUGGUGUUUAGAAAUGUGGGUCAACUCUACUUUCCCCAAACCAGAGUCGAGUGCCACUACAGUCUGAACUCUGACCAUCAGUGGAGCAGCAGUGACUGGAUUGGGAUUUUCGAGGUGGGCUGGUCUUCAGUGAAACAGUAUUAUACAUAUACAUGGGCUCUUGUUCCUGAAGGCUACACUGAGGGGACAAGCGUCAACUGCUGUGCACUUUUUCAGGCAUCCUACCUGCCCCGCCCCAGUGCUGUGGAGUAUGAGUUUGUAUAUGUGGAUAAGAUGGGAGAGGUGUGUGCCCGUAGUCGCUCCUUCACGUUUUAUGCUCCCAAGCCUCUGGAUGAGCUGGAGACUCUGAAAGAGGAACGAGACGAGGAGGACGGAGAAGAGGAGCUGCUCCUCGUCAUUCCCAGGGCUCAGCUGCUGCAGAGUCGACUGGAGGAAUGCUUAAAAAAACAAGCGGAGAUACAGCAGGCUCUGGACAUGACAAAGAAGGAGACAGAGAACGUGAAAGAGAGCAGCGAAAAUGCGAGGAUGGAGUGGGAGCGUGAAAGAGAAGCAAUGAGGGAGGAGAUCUCAGAGCUCAGAAGCAACAUCAGACAAAACUAUGAGAUGCUGAAGAAGAUGGAGGGAAAACACAAGGAUGUGAAAUAUAGUCAGGAAAGUCUAUCCUCUGAACUGAGUAACCUUAUGGCUGAAAAAGCUGAGAGUCAGCAGCGAAUCAAAGACCUGGAGGAGGAACUCAGGGUCUUGAAUGAUAGAGAGACAGAGGAAAACGUGGAACUGGAAAGGCUAAAGGAGAGAGUGAAGAAAAUGUCCAGUCAAAUGAAACACGAUGAGGAAAAGAGAAAGUCUCUGCAGGUGGAGAAUGAGGCUGCUCUGGUGGAGGUGCGAGGGCUGCAGGACCGUCUGGAGGCUAGUGAGCAUGUAGCUGAGAGCCUGCGCAGGGAGCUGAGGGAGCUUGGUGCUCGUCAGGGCCAUGCCCACACCGAGCUGCACCAAGCCCGGCUGCAAGUGGCCCAGCUCACCCUGCAGCUUUCUGAGGAGAACCUACUCCUCAGGGAGGAGCGUGCCAACUGGGCCCUAGAAAGAGAAGCAUACAAACAUGCAGCAGAAGCUGAUAAAAAGAAAAUACAAGAAUUGAGCUGUGAGGUGCAGAGGAAGGAGCAGUGGCUCCAGGAAGAGAGGAUGGAGAGGGAGAAAAUAGAACUAGAGCUUGGGAAUGAGAGACAUUGCAGCAGAGUGCUGCUGAGCGACACCAACCGAGAGCUGCAGGAGCUGAAGGCCAGCCUGAGGAAAGCCCAGAAAGAGAGAGAAGAGCAGCAGGUGGACAAACAGGACCUGUUGAACUGCAUUCAUCAGUUAGAGCAGAGGUUGGAAGUUGUGCCAGAAGCCAAAUCAAACGGAGAAAUGCCCAUGUGUAUCUCUCCUGGCUCUUCCUCUGAGGAUGACGAAGAUGCUUCCUCAGCUUCGCCCAGAUCCAUCUGUUCACCUCUUUUCCCAUCCACUCACCUGGAACAGCCCAACACAGCCGAGGUCCCUGCUGAGACACGCCCCCAGAACAAAGAAGACCCACCAGUGUCUGACACACAGGAUGUGAGGAGGCAGCACUGUGAGAACAGCGCUGGAGAAGGGAAGCGACUGAUCCUACCAGAACUUUUCAACAAGGUCAUGAGUGAUCUGGCUGACUACCCUAUGUGGUAACAUAAAGGAUGAUGCACGGCAAGUUGCUUGUUUACUACUGCAAUGCAAGUUCAUGUGGGUCAUAAGAAAUGUUGUGCUUAUUUUAUUGUUUUUCUGUAGCUAUUCAUGUAGAAAAUGACCUUCUUUAUAGUGUAUUCAAAGAAAACAUGUCACAAUUUUUAAGUGUUGUAAGUCUUAAUUGUCCAGAAUUGUAUUUGUUUUAAUAGUAUAAUAAUGUUUUUAUUACUGCUUUUGGAUUAAUAGAACUCAGGAAGAACACUAUGUGCUGAUAACUUGACGUUUGUCUUCAUAUGCUUCUCAUCUUCAUGCUCUUCUUUGGACUUUCAUAUGGAGAGUGUUGGUUCAGUUUAUUUUAGACUCCAUUUGUAAUUUCCUAGUAAGUCUAGCUAUUUAACUGAUCAUAGUGUGAAUAUGUCUUGCAAACAAAAAGAGAAAAAGAAAAAAAAAUGCUAUGAUUAGCUUGAAAUUAAUACAUUGCAUCUUGUUUUGGUGGCAUAUCAGCCCAUAACCUCUGCAUGUGAGUGUGAAUCCUGAAACCAUGUCAAUAGAGUGGGUGUGUGUUACAAAAGUGUGAAUAUGUUCUGCUGCAGCUUGUUGAUCACAGUCAGGCUGGAAGAACAUGAAUGUUAAUGUAUGAUAUUUUGGUUUUUAUUGAUCUGUUGGAGAGACGGGGCUCUUAAAUAAAAUAUGAUAAUAAAUACA